AUGGAUGAAGAAGCUGAAGAUCGUCCAGCUGGCGGAGUUGACAUUACAACAUUUGUUCCACCGCAUCUCGGAAGAAUUCAUCAUCCGAGAUCGAUUUUCAAAGUCAAUCAGAUUUGUCCGGUUCAUGGAGAUACUUCAGAAAGUCUUGAGGGUGGGUUCGGGGCAAUUUUGAAACAAAAUUCGGGUAUUUAGGCAUAAUUAGGUUGAAUAUGAGAAAAUUUCAAGAGCUACGAACAAUUUUCAGUCAAAAUCUGAAAUUUACAGAAUUUCAAAAACUUCUGAAUGAAUAAGGUUUAAUCUCAUUUGUUUUUAUUUGCUUCAAAAAACUCCAAAAUUUCAGAAUCGUGGCUAUCAAAAUUGACCAAUCGCUCCCCAACAUCUCAAAUUCCACCAACCGGUUCUUCUGCUUAUCAAAAUUGCGUGUGUUUCAAAAUUCCAAAACGAGUUCGUUUUGCUGCUUAUCCAUCGACAAGUUCAACAACUAAUUCGUCGAUUUUUGCCGCCAGCAAAACACCCACCAAAUUUUGA